AUGAUCGCCGCACUUCUCCAUGCGCUGAGAUGGAGAGCACGCACGGAGGGCUGAUUGCAGCCCAGCUGAUCCUGGUGGAGAGCAACAGAAAGAGCUGACUUGUCCCAGAGGAAGCGGAGAGGUGUCUCUGCCGUCACUUAAAAUCGCCUGAGGAAAGACGGGAAAUCGGAUGCACGCCGGACGGACCUUUCAACAAGCGUGAUACUCGCCGCUGAGUACAUUUUGGUGAACCGCAAGAAUUCUGGAGUCAACAGAUUCUUGUUGGUAUGGAUCCGGGUUGACGCCGAUCGUCUGGGUUUCGACUGUGAACGGGAUUUCGGAGGUGGAUUAGAAUGCUGAUGUGGAGCACCUGAGCUCUGGGACGUGGCGCUCUGUAUCGAGAGCACAUGGACAUGUUUGGUUUCUCCAAGAUGCCAAAGCUGUCUGGCCAUAAGAACAAAGCGUCGGGCUGGCCUCCCCCUGGUCCCGGCUCCUGGGGCGGACUCCAGGGGCCCCCGUACACCUGGGACGCCAUGAACAACUCCAGGGAGGCGCGGGACUGCCUCACCAACCAAGUGUCCCAGAGCAGCUCCCUGGAGGAGGUCCACCUGGACGGGUUCCCGCCCGCCCCUCGCCUGGUGGAGAUGAGACGGGACCCCGUCUUGGGCUUUGGAUUCGUGGCAGGCAGUGAGAAACCGGUGGUGGUCCGCUCCGUCACACCAGGUGGUCCGUCAGAGGGGAAGCUGCUGCCAGGCGACGAGAUCAUCAUGAUCAACGAUGAACCCGUCAGUUCUGCUCCUAGAGAACGGGUCAUCGAUCUGGUCAGGAGCUGCAAAGAAUCCAUCGUGUUGACUGUUGUUCAACCGUAUCCUUCCCCUAAAUCAGCGUUCAUCAGUGCAGCCAAAAAAGCCAUGCUCAAGUCCAAUCCGGUCAAAGUGCGCUUUGCUGAGGAGGUCAUUAUAAACGGCCAGGUUCCAAACCCGGUGAAGGACAAUUCUCUUCUGUUCAUGCCAAAUGUCCUGAAGGUCUACCUGGAGAACGGGCAGACCAAGUCUUUUCGCUUCGACAGCAGCACCUCUAUCAAGGAAGUGAUCCUGACGCUGCAGGAGAAGCUGUCAAUCAAAUGCAUCGAGCACUUCUCCCUCAUGUUGGAGCAGAGGACCGAAGGCUCUGGAAGCAAACUGCUUCUCCUGCACGAACAGGAGAUGCUUACUCAGGUGACCCAGAGGCCUGGCUGUGACAAGAUGAAGUGUUUCUUUCGAAUCAGCUUCGUGCCCCGGGACCCCGUGGAGCUGCUGCGGCGGGACGCCGUGGCAUUUGAAUACCUCUAUGUUCAGAGUUGCAACGACGUGGUGUUGGAACGGUUCGGCCCCGAGCUGAAGUACGAUGCCGCGCUGCGAUUGGCCGCGCUGCAGAUGUACAUCCUCACCAUGACAACCAGACAGAGUCAGAAGGUGUCCCUCAAAUAUAUCCAGAAGGAGUGGGGUCUGCCGCUGUUCCUGCCUCCCGCCGUGCUGUCCAGCAUGAAGGAGAAAAACAUCAAGAAGGCCCUGACGCACAUCCUCAAAACUAACCAGAACCUCGUGCCUCCAGGGAAAAAGCUGACUGCUUUGCAGGCCAAGGUGCAUUAUCUGAGGUACCUCAGUGAACUCAGACUGUACGGAGGGAGGGAGUUCAAAUCAAUACUUUUGCAAGGUGAGAAACAGACAGAGGUGACGCUGUUAGUGGGACCACGUUACGGCAUCAGUCACGUCAUCAACACCCGCACCAACCUAGUCGCCCUGUUGGCCGACUUCAGCCAUGUCAACCGCAUCGAGAUCCUCACUGAGGAUGAGACCAACGUCCGGCUGGAGCUGCACGUUCUGGAUGUCAGGCCCAUCACACUGAUCAUGGAGUCCAGUGACGCAAUGAACUUGGCGUGUCUAACAGCAGGCUACUAUCGCCUCCUAGUGGACUCAAGGAGAUCUAUAUUCAGCAUGGCCCACUGCAACAGCACAGGAGGGGACGACCCUUGUCAGGAUCGCGUCCUGGAGUGGCCGUACAGCACAUCUUUGGGGGACAGCGAGGAGCCGGCACCCAGCCAGGGAGAGCUCUACAACAGGGACUCUGAGUAUUUAGACAGAGGUCAGAGGGAAAACAGCAUUUCCCCUUACUUCCACGAACCCCAAAACCCGGAGAGAGAUCUCGGGGCACGGAGAAGCCCGUUGCCUCCUCCUCUUCCACCGGCCACCAGACACAAACCUCAAGACUCACCUCGGAGCGCCAAAGUGUCAUUUAUCUUUGGGGGGAACCCGCCGUUGAACAAGCCUAAGAUCUUAGGCUAUGAGAGGCUGUUGGAGAGCCCUGAGGUACCAGAGCACAGACCCCCCUACUUGCACAACAACACAGACUUUCAGCAGCAGGACAGAGUGCCAUUCCAGUUCAGCGAUCUCACACACGUGUACAGUAAUAUUAUAACUGAGGAAGGCGGUGAGGAGCCACUGCUGAGGGACCUGUUUUAUCGCGACACGACAGACGAUGCAGAGGACGACGACGAUGGCUCUUGUGAAGAGGACUCCACUGGGGGCACGCCGGUGGGAGACGACAGACGAGACGACUGCGACAACCAAGGAGGUGGUUUGCCCACGGCGGCCGGCAAAGCCACUUUCCUCACGCUCUCCGGCUCCACCGAUGACAUCAUCGACCUGACGUCGCUGCCCCCUCCCGAGGGGGACGACGGCCUGGACGACGACGAAGACGACACGCUGCUGCAGACGCUCAACCUCGCAAUCGCGGCCCCGCCGCCAGGCUUUCGGGACAGUUCGGACGAGGACGCCGCGCCCGAGGGGAGGCCUCUGAGCACGUGCGACCAUGAUGAUAUCCCGGUGUCGUUAAUUGACGCAGUGCCCACUCACGAGGAGGCGGAAGGGAGCAGGGGAGGAGAGAGGAGGCUGGAGAAUGCAGUCGUGAGUUCUCUACAGGCACUGGAGGCUCUUUCAGUGUCAGAACAGAGGCCUCCACCGCCGCCACCACCACCCAGCGGUAACAAUCCAGGUGUUUACACAUCUCGUGGCUUUAGCCCAGAGUCAUCCUCAGAUUCUGGCAACGAGACGAACUCCUCGGAGAUGACGGAAAUCUCUGAAUUAGCUGCUACUCACAGGCUCAGCGAGAGCCACAUGCGUCUCCUGGUGGCCACAAGGGAAGGAUACCAACCUUUACUUGAAGAGAAAACAGAAUUCCCCGUCUCUCCCAGUACGGGGGGGACAAUACAGAAGAAAGCCCGGAGCCCAACGCGGCACCUCCAGCCUCCAGCUGUUCCUCCGAGGCGGAGCCCCCAGUUGGACACCGCAUCGUCGGGGCCUGACAGCUUUGAGGCAAGGUCCCAGACCAAUCUCCCAGCCACCCUCCAGCGCCCAAGUUCUACUACUCCAGGAGGCAAGCACAAUAAAAAAUCUGCCGACUCGAGUGGAAAGUAUAACACCUUCAGCACAAGGGAAGGACAUCGAGGUGAGAGCAGUCGCAGCUAUAUUGACUUUGAUCAGCGUACAUCGUUCUGCGAGGGAGAUGAAAGUCAAAGACGGCAGAUUUCUUUUUUAGAGGAAAAUUCUGUAGCCGAGGCCAUUGGAGCGAACAACCUCCCUCGAGACCAUCAGAGAAGCCCGCGUCCUUCUUCCUCGGCCUCUGAUCGCCUCUUAGAUGCCAACGUGGGAGACUGUGGUGCCGAUAACAGGGCUGCAUCUGUUGAGCAAGAUGAGCAUCUAGUUGUAGCGUCGCUGAUGUCCCCAGCCAAAAAAUCCAGAUCAGGAGGUUCCGACCAGGGAUCGGACGUACAAAGUGACCAUCCGCCAAUUUCAAGACAACAGAGCAUUGCACGGUUGUGUGAGUAUCAUCUCGCGAAAAGGAUUUCGAGUUUGCAAGGAGAAGCCCACAGUUCCCUGCAGGGCUCUUUGUGUUCAUCACUGGAUGCUGGGGGCAGCACGAACAGUAGCGCCUGUGGCACCCCAACUGACUCGCCGCUUGGCCCCGGUGUGGUUGAAUCCAAACACCACCAUUUGCAAAGGCACCCGCUUUCUAGUUCCUCAUCCUCAUUACUCAGGGUGCUAAACUAUGAAGACAACAAACCGGGAACUCCUCUCGGCAUCCCUGGCCAGGGCACUCAGGGAAAAGACCUCCACCCUCAUGCAGACCCUGCCCUCCUACGAAAAAUGCUUCCCAAUAUUCACACUCACUCUGGAGCGCCGGAACCAGGCCGACCCUCCUCAGCCACGCCUCCUAAGAAUAAAGAUAGCACAGGAACUGGAAGUAAGAGGUCCCACAAUGACCUGCAUGCUAAGCAACAAGCCUGUUUAAAAGGGCUGAACCAGAAAGAAGGCACUGAGGCCUACAGGCAACUGAUCAACUAUCUAACAGUCAGCCAGAUGCACCAAGGAGGGAAGCUGCACAGUGCAGGCAUGGGAGGCGCAGUGAAAAAGGACACUCGGCGAUUUAUCACGAGCAACCCUCAGCUUGUGGAAAUGGUUAAGAACAGGGGGAACACCGUUGCUCGCUGCCCAUGUAUGCCUUCUUCCAUUUCAUCCCCGUACCUCAGCCCAAAUUCAGUAAACCCUAACUCUGCCACCAUGCAGCUGGCAAAUAAAAACUCACAUCCCUACCAUUCGGCGACACUUCCCGCUAAACUCAAGAGAAGUCCUGACACGCAUGGUCUGAGACCAAAUGAGAGUUUUGAUUUCAGGCAGGCUAAUGCCGAGAGGAGGAGCUCCUUCUCUGGUCUGGAAGGUGAGUUAGAGAGGAGUGGUAUGGACCCAGAGCACUUUCUGUCAGUAUACAAGAAGGAAGGCUGUAUCAGCCGUGAUGGCGCAUUUAUUUCAGUGGGAAACCGGGCAGGUGGAGGUACCACUAACCGUCUCCCACCCCGCUCAAGAAGUCAGCCAAAUAGCACUACGGAAGACUGGUUCAUGUCUGACCCAAGGUCAAAACAUGCAGCUCGUCAGUCUUCUCAUCCUCGGCCUAAUGAUUCACUCUGUUAUUCUGCCGCCUCCAGCAGCAUGUCACUAGGAAGGGGAGAUCACCCAUCAGCUUUUAGCAGGCAGGCAUCUGCUGGCAGUCGAGUUUGUAUUACAUCUCCAACGCCCAACCAACAACCUCCUCCACCUCCUCCCCCACCACCUCCUCCUCCCUUGUCUCUGCCCAUGCAAGCCAACUCUAGCUCCAGCAACUCAGGAUACACGCAAGACUCCAUCCAUUGCCGGCAGAACCACAUUCAGGCUGUUACCCCUACUCUGGCGCAGACCGAUCCCUUCAGCAAUAGCCUCCAGCGGGGGCGAGAGCUCAAGCGCAGCUCCAGCAAUGUGACUGCUAGUUCUGGUAGUGUGGAAGUAUUGUUCGAGAAGCCCACCCGAAGCCGGAGCCAGCAGCCGUUGUCGCUGUCGCCGUCCGUGCACCAGCAAGGUGACAACAAAGUCCAGCGGAGACCAACAAGGAAGCGACUCUCCAAGAGCUACUCCCAAGGCUCGGUAUCUUCCCACACUACGUGCUGGUCUACAAGCAGCAAGGUGGACAGCAGAAGGGCGUCGGUGGCAUUUCCAUUACAAAAAGACACUAAUAGACACAUGAAGGGCUCUCAAAAACUAGACACUAGUCCAUGGAGAUGCAAUGGGCCCUUUAGCUACUGCUUCUUUAAACGCAAGUGUGAAGGUGAAGAGGAUGAUGAAUGGGAGAGGCCCAGACGAAGCCGAGUGGGGAUCGAUGACGGUACCAGUGCGUCAGCCAUAUUACCCUGUGGCUCAGUGGUCGAUGCUGCUGGGGAGCAGCUGUACGGAGAGGUUCUCAAUAACAUGAGCUUCAGUGACCGCCUGGCGCGAAUCAACGCACUCAAGGACCGCAUGUACGGCUUCCCUUCCGGCUUCACCGACGUCCGCCGAGAUGCCAGUGAGCUCAUUGCACUGGUGAGAUCCAGCGUAGGUCGCUGCGACCGCGGAGUCCAGAUGCCGAUACAAGACGUAUCCCAGUACAAGCAGCUCCUCUCUGUCGAGUCAAAAGAAUUAGGCCGAGCGUGCCGGAGGAUGGCACAGGCCCACAGCAGUCCUGAGGAAAUGCUGCUAGCUGUAACGUGUAGCUUUCAGGUGCUGUGCUGUCUCUGCGAAGCUUGUAUGUGUUUGGUUAGAGGCCUCGGAGCCUCAGCCUCGCACCAACAACGAGAGGUGGUGGCAAAGGUCGACGAGGUUGUCAUGAACUACAUCUGUUUGCUCAAAGCAGCCGAGGCUGCCACCGUGGGAGCGCCAGGGGAGCUCAGCGUGAAAGCCCUGGUCCGCCACUCCAGUACCAUGUCGGCCAUUGCUAACGCACUCACCCGCUCCCUUAAAACGCUGCUUAGCAAGUAGAGGCUACUCCUUAUGCUUUAUAGUGUGGCCUACGCAGUCAGUGGAAUCGGUCUUUAAGCAUCUUGUUGUUUCUGAGUCUGCUAGAAGUGUUGUGUAUUUUUCAGAUACGGUUUAGACGGUCUCCAUAUCAGAUUUAAAAAAUAAAAGGUUAUAUUUAAAAGAUGCAUAAGAUGCUAAAAGACCCCCCUCCCUGACUGCACUUGCUUUUUCUGAUGACAAUAUUGUAAUGUAUAUUUACAAAGCCAUACUGUCACAGACCUUUGUAACAUGAUAUGUACCUAGUAGAUAUUAUACCCUUUUACCUGUGCAUUAUGUAACUUAUUUAAAAAAAAAUGUUUAUAAUGUACAUAAAUACAAUAUAUAAUAUUUGCCGUAGCAGUUUCAAGAAGCCAUCGAGUAUUCAGCUUAAUUUGCUUUAAUAUUUUGCAAGCUGGAGUGAUUUCACUUCCGGUUCAAUCAGUUCAUGAAGUGCAGUUUUACUACAGAUAUUUUAUAAAAGUAAGUCCAAUGAUUUACCUGUAGAGAUGUUUGUGUCACUGUCAGUCCAGUGAGGAAUCAUUGUUCACAUGCUCGGUACUGUUAGCUGGGAUUUCUGAGUGAGUGUGUAAAUAGAUUUUUAUUUUUCUCAACAUGAGAAGAGCAUUAGUUAUAAAUGAUGGUAAUACAGGGACACUAUAUUUGCACUGCAUUUACCACCGCUUCACAUUGUACCACUAUUUAUUAAUUAUGAUUUUCAGAUGAGAAUAAUAAACAGCAAAUAAUAAAUUUCCCCUGACUAAAUAUAUAAAACUAUAACAGCUAUAUUGUUGUAUUUCAGAUUGACAAUUGUCUAUUCUAUCUAAUUAUUUUUAAUUUUGUGUGUUUUACUCUCAUCUGUUUUGGAAUUUGUGCUUGAAUGAUUUAUUAUUCCACAUGAUAUUAUGUGUCAGGGCACAGUUAUGUCUCUGGAGAAAGAUGAAAUUAAAUUCCUGUUGUUUUUUUUGUUUGUUUGUUUUGUUUUUUCAACGAUCUAGCAACCUAUUAAAAGACAUUUUACAAAUA